AUAGUUACUUCUCCAGAGUUCGAUUACGAAUUAUUACAAGUCCAAACUCCAAUUUCUUUCUUAAGAGUAGUUAAGACCCAAAAAUCCAGAAUUCAUCAAUUUCCUUUCCUAUAUAAAACUUUCCCAGAAAUCACAAUUUCUUUGUCUGAAAAGUCAAUUUUUUCAAUUCGUUCUCUUAAUUGGAUCCCAACUUCACUUCAAUUUAGGGAUCCGAGAAAAAACUCAGAAUCAAACAUCAAAGAUGCAUUCUUUUGGGUACAGAGCUAAUGCACUGCUAACUCUAGCAGUAACCAUUCUUGCAAUUAUGUGCUGCGUCGCUUCUUUUUCUGACAAUUUCAAUUCCCCUUCUCCUACUGCCAACAUAAAGGUGGUCAACAUUCACAGAUUUCAGAAACUCUCCAGUGGCAAUGAUGAGGUUGCCAUGGUGCUGAAUAUUUCAGCCGAUCUCCAGUCAUUGUUUACAUGGAAUACAAAGCAGGUGUUUGCAUUUGUUGCUGCUGAGUAUGAAACCAAAAAACAUGUACUGAAUCAGCUUUCACUCUGGGAUACGAUCAUACAAUCAAAAGAAAAGGCAAAGUUUUCAGUUAGUAUCUCAAACAAGUACCGAUUUACUGAUCAGGGAAGCAAUUUGCGAGGCAAGGAGUUCAACUUGACAUUGCACUGGCAUGUAAUGCCCAAGACUGGAAAGAUGUUUGCUGACAAAAUUGUGCUGUCAGGAUACCACUUACCAGAGCAAUACAGAUGAUCCACCUAUUGAAAGUUAAGACUGAGGUUUAGAGUUUCUUAUUUAAGGAUUUUAACAUCACAUGUUUAGACAAAAGUUAAAGCAAUGAAAAGAUAAGCUUGUGGACUUUUCAUUGUCAAUUAAAGGUAAAAAAGAAAGCUUUGAAUUUCAUUCUAGUUAAAUAGCAACAGAAUUUUCACAAUGCAAAGCUGAUCUUCACUACUGUCACAAUGAUCAAUGAUAUAAUUUUGGGUAUAUGACCAUAAAAAAUGGUAGAAGCAUGGCCACAAAUUUUUCUUGGCACCGUGAUCACGGCUAAGCUAAGCCUUUGGGCGCUUUUUGGUAACAAGCUAAUUUGUGUUCCUGAUAAAAA